AUGAAGUUCCUUACAUUCGGAUUCCUUCUCGCCUCGACGAUCGUUAGCGUCAGCAGUGCUCCCACAGAUAUCGAUAGCAGGGCUGUCAGUUAUCAAAACAACUAUGACCAACACUUGGAGGACCGCGAGGAGCGCAAGGAGGCUCGCGACAUCUCCAUCCCCUCGUUCGCCGGCGUCGAGACCACCAGCGGUGUGGUCGCCGACAUCGAGGUUGAGGAGAACGCCGUCCCUCUGAGGGCCCGCCAGCUUCUCAAGAAGAAGAAGGGCAAGAAGGGCAAGAAGGCUAAGAAGGCCAAGAAGGCGAAGAAGGCCGCGAAGAAGGCAAAGGCUGCUGCCCCCGCGAAGGCCAAGGGCAAGGCCGCGACCCCCGCCGCCGGUGCUGCGAAGAAGAAGGCCGCUACUCCUGCUGCUCCCGCCGCCGGUGGUGCUGCUGCCAAGGGCAAAGGCGCUGCUGCUCCUGCUGCUCCCGCCGGUGGUGCUGCUGCUAAGGGCAAGGGCAACGCUCCCCCCGCGGCUGCUCCUCCUGCUGCUGCUCCUCCUGCCGCUGCUCCCAAGGCUCCCGCGGCUGCACCUCCUGCUGCUGCUCCCAAGGCUCCCGCAGCCGCACCUCCCGCCGCUGCCCCCAAGCCUCCUGCUGCCGCGCCUGCCGCCAACCCUCCGGCCGCUGCUCCCAACGGCGCCGCGAAGCCCAUUACUCCCGCUCAGCCGGCUGCCGUUGCACCUGCCCCUGUCGCUCCUGCGAUCCCCGCGGGCAAGAACAACGGCAACUGA